AUGGCGUCGCAGCCUAAUGACCGGUCUAACGAACAUGAAAUGCCCAAAUUCCGAUACGCUCCUCUUCCCACGGCAGCGUCUAUACGCCUUCUCUACGUACUACCUGCACCGGGUCCCGAAGCACCGCUGGGUCAGCACGAAGUCAAGUGCGAGGUCAAAGUCGUCGAUCUGGACGAUAACAUCGAAUUCAACGCCCUCUCCUACACGUGGGGGAACCCCACAACGAUUCGCGAGACUUUGCUCGGCGACACGGUGAAAGGCCCGACAAUGGAAAAGGUUAUAGACCUCUUACGAGACCGCGGCUGCAUCACUUUCCCAGAGCGCCUGGAUCUCCCCGAUGGGACCCCAAGCAGGGGAAUCAAUCUAAUAGACGGCGAACUGGCGAAAUACUUUUAUGAAAACCCGUGGCUUCCCCGCGAGAGCGUCCAGUGGGAUAUUUCGGGCACCCGCCAGAUCGAGUGCAACGGGCAGACGCUUGACGUCAGCGAGAGCCUGUAUGGCAUCCUCGAGUACCUGAGCUUAAUCGGUCUCUGGGAAGCAUGGGACAAGAUAUCCGAUGACGCGGAGAAUCUUCGACAGUCCCUUCGCAAGCCCAUCUGGGUCGACGCCAUCUGCAUCAACCAGAGCGACCUCGACGAGCGCAAGGCGCAGGUGAUGCUGAUGAGCAGGACCUUCCGAUCGGCAGUGACUGUCAUCGGUUGGCUGGGUCCCAAAGAUCGACUGGCGGAUCUAUUUUUCCAUGCGGCACUCAUUCUCUUCGACUUCCAGGACAAAGCGGAGACUACGAUUGUGACAUCGCUCGACAGCGUGCCUGGCAUGAACAACGGCCUGUGGUUCUCGGUUUAUGCUUUGCUGCAGAGACUGUGGUUUCGACGCGCCUGGGUGGCGCAGGAGAUCGUCUCCUUUCCCCACGACAGCGGCUUGGAGGAGGAGCUGAAUACUCUUGGCCAUUCGCUCCUGACCGGCGACAUUUUGCAACCUGAACUGAAAAGAAUGUGGCAUGACGCUAUGAUUUGCGGAAUUCUGGGCAAGGCCAAAGGUAUUAGCGGUGGCGGAGCCGCUCCCCAUCUUCAAAUCCGACCAAAAGAUGCCUACACCUUCAUCUUGGGCGUGAGGUAUAUACGGGAGCGCCUGGGGCUUACCCCAGCCGGCCGUCUUGUCUAUGAACGCCAGAAAUCCGAGAUGCGAGAGAGCUUGCGCAAGGACCAGGGGUUCCGAGCCUCUAAAACCGUGUACGCGGAGAGGCUCACGUACCGAGGGCCCGAGACCGGGAUACCGGGCAAUACGCCAAUCAAGAAAGGGAAGGAUCUGAUUCCCCUAAUCAGGAAAAUGUCCCACGACAAGAAGAAUAGCAUCGUGCUUGGCUUGGUGAGCGAUAUAGCAACCAGCAUACUCUGUAUUGACAGAAGCCUGGGGCUUAUCGAGGUCCUCUCCGCCUUCCGAAGCUGUAGCUCGACAGAUCCCCGAGAUAAGGUCUAUGCGUUUCUAGGCAUCGCAACCCGAAAUCUUGGAAUCGUCCCAGACUACGGUAUUUCUGUCGUAGACGCCUUUCGGACCACGGCAGGGACCAUCUUGGCGCAAGGAGGGGGGUUGGUGUUGCUCUCUCACAUCCAAGAUCUGGGAGACACCACGACUCCAGGACUGCCGAGCUGGGUCCCAGACUUUGUGUCUCCUCUCGGGAAGACAGCCGUCACAGAGCACCGUUCAACCAUAUUCAACGCAUCGGGCCGCAGGCUAGAAUUCUUGUGCAAGAUAGCGACGAAUAACUCAGAAUUCUGCCUCGAGGGCUACAAAGUCGACGACGUAGCUCGAGUCUUCGGAUUUGAUCAUGGCCAUGAUUUGGCAACCAGUGUGCUUCGCUUCGGACUAGAGAUUCCCACGCCGUAUCCUAAUCUCAGCCACGGCAUGAGAGCGACUUUAGAGAACUUUCUUGGGCCUAUGAAAUAUAUUGAUGGCCUUGGCGAAUUCUUCACUACCAUGCUCCCUCAGCUACCAGACGCAAAGCUCUACCUCGCCGUCGAAGGAUCUCUGGUGGAGGCCCCGCUUCCCGACCUCACCGAUACUACUACUAUCAGCGCCAAUGGAAAUGGCACCAACGAAGCCGAGACUUCUGCUGAGCAAGAAGCAGCCGUCCCACCACCACCUUCAGAGAUCCUAUGGCGAUGUCUUACUGCCGACGGCUGGCACAACCGCGAUCUGGCCAACCCAGGGACAGAGAAUUCCAGUGCCUUGGGGAAAUCCUUCUCCGAUUGGCUGCUGUGUUCGAUGAUCGAUUCGUACCGACUCGCGACCGACGUCAUCGACCUCGUUCUCGCCUCAUCAUCAUCAUCGUCACAGACGGAGGAGGCAGAGGAUAGUACUAAUACAGAAGACACUAGGCAAAAAGAAGAAGCAUCCCCGCUCGACUGGAUAGGGCUCACACCCGACACCAUAGCCCGACUGCACGCCUCAGAAUCACAGACAGGGAUAGAGGGUGAUGUAGAGGAGACGCAAAGAGAAGCGUCCCCGCUGCUCAAAACCCAAAAGCGUCUCUUACUCAAUCGCGUGCGCAGGAAGCUCGAUGCGUGGAUGGAUUUGAGCAUCUACUGCAUCCGCAACAAAGGCGGCGGCGGCCCGGGCCCUAGUGAUUCCGGUAUCGCCGGCGAUGCUUUCGACAGAAUCGUGGGGGCAAAGGCCUUCCUCGCCUCGACCACCGACAUCGCCGCGUGGUUCAAGAUCUACACCCUAUGUGCAGGAUACGUGCUCCACUCUAUUGCCGCCGACCACCACCACCGAGUCGUGGAUCCCGCGUCCGAAGGAGACGACAAUAGCCCGUUGGACUUGAUGUUCGACCCCAAUUUGCCCGGACCGCUGCCGUUCCUCAACUUGCAGCUGGCGCAGGACCAGGGACGGGCCGCGAUACGGGCGACCGAUAUUCAGGCUUCGGCAGCCAAGGAGAAGACGAGUAGUACAAGUACCUCUUAUGGGGUGGAUCCGAGUAAAAAUGGGCCGAUGCUGCUGCCCAUGCGAGCCGUUACCGACACCAAAAGCUUGCUCAAUGCGCCUACGCAAGAGCGGAUUACCGACUUUGAAACGCGCAUGCGCGAGGCUACAGCCGGGCGCGUGCCGUUUAUUCUGCGGCCUGCGGGCGACGGCGAUGGGCGGUUCCGCGUUGUCGGGGAGGCCUAUGUUUAUGGCAUCAUGGAAGGGCAGGCUGUUCCGUCGAAUCAUGACCAGUUUGUUCCGGUUACGUUGGUGUGA